AUCGCUUUCUUUCAGGUUAGGGCAGCUGCCUUCUUAGCUACUUUUUCUCUCUCUCUAAAACUCUUCCCUCUUUCUCUCUCUAAAACUUUCUCCCUCCCUCCGUUUCUUUACCUCUACACAGUCACGCGUUACCAAAACGCGUUGUGCACGUGUAAACUGAACCCUAUUAAAAACGCUCUCGGCUUGAGAGAAACCGAUAUUUUGUUUCGUACUUGCCGCAGCAGAGGAUUCUUUUCGAUUGUAGCAGAGACAAACGGUAUUUGAGUGCAUCCAUCUAAGCCCAAAAUAUGGGAGGUGGUGAUAAACAUAAGCAGGGUCAUGGAGGCCCGGAAGAGACUAGUGACAAGGGCUUCUUCUCAAACCUCACUCAUGGGAUGUCUGGGUAUCCCCCAGGAGGCCAUUAUCCUCCUGCUCCGGGUGCUUAUCCUCCACAAGGGUACCCUCCAUAUCAGGGUUAUCCCCCUCAGGGUUAUCCUCCACAACCAGGAUACCCCCCUCAGGGUUAUCCUCCACAACCAGGAUACCCACCUGCAGGGUAUCCACCUGGCCAUUACCCAGGCCCAUCUGCUCCACCACAUGGAGGGCAUGGACUUGGAGGGGUUGGUGGUGCACUGCUAGCAGGGGGUGCAGCAGCUGCUGCAGCUGCUUAUGGUGCAAGCCACCAUGGUUCCCAUACGGGUCAUAUGGGUUAUGGCACCCAUGGUGCUUAUGGCACCCAUGGUGCUCAUGGCCACCAUGGUAAGUUCAAGCACGGCAAGCAUGGCAAGUUCAAGCACGGCAAGUUUGGAAAGCAUGGCAAGUUUGGGAAGCAUGGAAUGUUCGGCGGAGGAAAGUUCAAGAAGUGGAAGUGAGAGUUUGUUGGUGAUUACUAAUAAGUUGUACUCGGAAUACUGCCUAGUUAUACCCUACUGGAUAACUAGUUUGUGUUAGCUUUUUGGCUUUUUCUUUUGUCUAUUGAAGUGCUUCUAUACCAGAUUGCCACUUUUUUAUAGUGGCAACCUCACAUACCUCUCGUAUUAUCUGGUAUAACUAUCUUGUGGGUUGGAAGAAAUAUGUGCACAUGCCAAACAUAUUAUUGCGAUGGGAUUCUAUGAAUUUUCCUCACCUUUGGUUUAUAUAUGCAUAGAGGCUGCAUAACUCA